AUGCGAGAUCAUUUUGCGAACGUUUACCUGAAAAGACUGUGGGAUUUUGGCGGGAAAACGGUACACGCAGUCGCUGAAUCGGAGGGCAGAGACAACGAAGCCGAUUUUCUGACCUUUUCAGUGGAGUCCAGAAAUGAAUGCCCUUCUCAAGACGAUUGGCAAGUCUCGCUCAAGAUUGCUGAUACAAGUGUGAAUUUUAAAUUAGAUUCAGGGUCUGACUGUAAUGUCAUUUCCAAGUCGUUGUUGGCUGGACUUCCAGUUGGUCCCAAACAGACCCGCCAGAGCAAAGCCAAGCUGAAAGUGUAUGACGGACGUCGAAUCACACCCAGGGGCAGGAUCAGCCUAACUUACGUGUUUGAGGGCCUGGCUGAGACUAAAGGCGUCCAGCACAAAAUUCAAAUUGAUCCCAAUGCCAUCCCUGUUGUGCACCCUCCCCGUAGGCGUCCUGAGGCCUUUCGCGAGCCUCUUAAAGAGAAGCUUCAGAGAAUGGAGAAGCUGGGAGUCAUUAAGAAAUGUAUAGAGCCCACUGCCUGGUUACACAGUCUUGUGGUUGCCAAGAAGAAGAAUAGCAAGCUCAGAGUGUGCCUGGAUCCUAGCAACCUCAGUCGUGCCGUCAUGCGUGAACAUUUUCCCAUGCAGACCGUGGAAGAUGUGAUUAGCAGAAUGCCCAAUGCAAAAGUGUUCAGUGUUCUUGAUGCUAACCAUGUCCUUCGGCAGGUUAAACUAGCCAAGGACAGUAGCAAGCUAGCUACCUUUAACACCCCAUUUGGUCGGUAUAGUUACAAACGUUUGCCAUUUAGGAUAGCACUGGCCCCAGAAGUCUUCCAGAAUGUUAUGUUCCAUUUGUUUCGGGACAUUGAAGGUGUUGAGGUAAUUGUGGAUGAUCUUGUUGUGUGGGGGAAAGAUGUGGAGCAGCAUGAUGUGAGGCUUAGAAAGAUGUUGGACCGCUAUCGUGGGCACAACCUUAAGCUUAACAGGGAGAAAUGCCAUUUUCGAGAAUCUGAAGUUCAUUAUGUGGGCCAUGUGUUGAGUGCAGACGGUGUUAAACCAGACCCUAAGAAAGUUGAAGCAAUAAUCGCUAUGCCAACCUCAACCAAUCGUGAAGACUUACAGAGAUUCUUAGGUGUGGUGACCUAUUUGUCUAAGUUCAUCCCAGUCAUGUCUCAGAAGAGUGCUCCACUCUGCCAGCUACUCUAG